AUGGCGAGACUUAAUGAUGAUGCCGACUACGAUGCCGGCGAAACGUCUGGGAAUACUGCAUUGUGUGGUCGUGGAAUAGGAGCAGAUAUAGUGCCGGGGCUUGAUGGAGAACUUCAACUCCAUCUUAAUCCCUUGGAUCCCGAUGAUUUUUUCUCCAAAAACAAUUCUUCCUCUGGCUCCACUACAUUUUCACAGGCAACAAGUCAUAUUCGCAAGCCUCAUGGUUCGAGGACACUUCUGGAUCGCGAAUUAAGUGACGAUCCGGAUAUUCUAAGAUGUGUCAGUGAUCACCCCCUUCAGUCUUCCGUUACUACUACCACUCCGGCAUCAUCAUCUAGUGCAUUCGAAAGUUAUGGCCCUGAUACGAUGCACCAGUUUUCUACUCUUCCUCCCCAAGAUCGUAUCGAUUGGUACCUCGAGAGUCUAGGAGAAUUAGAAGUUGGGGUCGGUGACGUCGAGGGUCACGUUGGAGGAGGCCGUCAGGGCUUGUUUAGUCAAGCCCAAUUUCUAGGACAAGUUGAGUAA